GAAGAAGACCAGUGAAGACAGAGAAGUGGAAACUGAAAAAUGUCUCCGGUCAUUGACGUCGCUCCUCUUCUCCACCCCUACAGAGGCAGAGACACAAACAGAGACACGGACAGAGACGGAAUCGUACCAUCCAACGGCGAAGGAGCUCCGACAACUGAUCAACGCAUCGUCUCACUCGACGUCUUCCGUGGCCUCACCGUUGCGUUGAUGAUUUUGGUUGACGGUGCUGGAGGAGCUUUCCCAUCCAUAAAUCACUCUCCCUGGUUCGGUGUUACACUUGCAGAUUUUGUAAUGCCAUUUUUCCUUUUUCUUGUCGGUGUCUCUGUUGCUCUAGCAUUCAAGAAAAUAUCAAACAAGACAACUGCCACGAAGAAAGUCAUGCUUCGAGCUAUGAAUCUCUUCCUCUUGGGCUUGUUACUGCAAGGUGGGUAUUUCCAUGGGCGUAAACAUUUAACAUAUGGAGUUGAUGUCAGAACAAUACGUUGGCUGGGUGUACUACAGAGGAUAUCGAUUGGAUAUCUGUUGGCUUCAAUGUCAGAAAUCUGGCUUGUUAACAACAUAAGGGUCGACUCACUGGUUGAUUUUGCUAGGAAGUACUACAUUCAGUGGUUGUUUGCUAUUGGAUUGUGCUCAUUUUAUAUGAGCUUGCUGUAUGGCCUCUUAGUUCCAAGUUGGGAAUAUGAAGCUCCACGCAUGAACUUGUCUUCUCUUACCUCUAUUACUCAAACUAUUUAUUGUGAUGUGAGGAGUAGUCUUCAACCUCCUUGCAAUGUUGUUGGUUUCAUUGAUCGGAUUAUAUUGGGUGAGCAUCAUCUAUAUCAACAUCCCGUUUACAGAAGAACCAAGGAAUGCAGUAUUAAUUCUCCCGACUAUGGACCUCUGCCACCUGAUUCUCCUGGCUGGUGCUUUGCUCCAUUUGACCCAGAGGGCAUAUUAAGUUCUCUGAUGGCUGCUGUUACUUGUUUUGUGGGAUUGCACUUUGGGCACAUAUUAUUGCAUUUUAAGGACCAAAACCAAAGAGUAAUGUUAUGGUGCAUGUCUUCCUUUCCUCUUGUAAUCUUUGGUUUUGUUUUGGAGAUGCUAGGUAUUCCUUUCUGUAAACCACUGUACACACUGAGCUAUACAUGCAUUACAGCGGGAGCAUCGGGAUUGAUCUUAAGUAUUAUCUUCUAUAUAGUUGAUGUCAAACAUUUCAGAAAGCCCACAUUAUUGUUGCAGUGGAUGGGGAUGAAUGCGCUCCUUAUAUAUGUUUUUGCUGCUUGUGACCUUUUCUCAGUAGGAUUACAGGGUUUCUAUUGGCGGUCCCCUGAGAACAACUUGGUUGAUGGAGCCGAAGCAUUAUUGCAGGUGAUAGUCCAUUCAAAGAACUGGGGUACCUUAGCGUUUGUAAUAAUUGAGAUUUUAUUUUGGGGUCUUGUUUCGGGGUUUUUACACAUAAAAGGUGUAUAUAUAAAACUUUAAUAAGAUAUAUCAAACCUAUGCCCCCUGUAACCUUCAGUGGGGGGUAUUACAUUACUGUAAAUUACAGACUU